UGUCGACUUCCUGGCGACGCCAUUUCGUGAUUUAUUCAUUUGGCGGUUGCUUUCGUAGUUGUUUCUACGGUAAGAGGAACAAUAAAUCGGCAGUAAAGAUGGUUAAGAUCUUUGUCGGCAACCUUUCUUCGAGUGCGACCAAAGAAGACCUGCGCAGUCUUUUCUCGCAAUAUGGCAAAGUUGCGGAUUGCGACGUGCUGAGAAACUUUGGCUUUGUGCACAUGGAUUCCCAAAAGGAAGCCGAGGAGGCCGUGCGUAAACUUCACCACCACGAACUGCACGGGCAGGCCAUGAAUGUGGAGAUGAGUCGAGGGAAGCCCAAAGGAACCACCAAACUGCACGUAGGCAACAUUAGCAGUAGCUGCACUAAUCAGGAGCUGCGCGACAAGUUUGAGGAGUAUGGUCCUGUGGUUGAGUGCGACAUUGUGAAGGACUAUGCCUUCGUCCACAUGGAGAGAAGAGAAGAUGCGAUGGAGGCCAUCAAUGCGCUGGACAACGCUACCUUCCAAGGUAAGGUGAUUAAUGUACAACUGUCCACCAGUCGCCUCCGCACUGUGCCCGGCAUGGGAGACAUAACCGGCUGUUACGUCUGCGGAGAACCCGGUCACUGGUCCAAAGACUGCAGGCGCAGUCAGAACGGUAGCUUUGGCGGCGGUCACAUGGGGGGAAUCCGUGGUGCCAGGGGUUUCCCUAGAGCAGGUCCUGCUUUUGGCAGUGGAGGCCCUGCAGCGUUCCCCAGCCGGAGCUAUCCAGCAGCACUGCCCCCUGUCCCGACAGUGAGUCACACCCCCACCUACGGGAUUUCACGAGAGUAUGCUGGGGAAACUCGGUACCUCAGCAAACCGAUGAGUGUCUUACCAGAGAGGGCCACCUCAUACGAGCACUACGGCAGCAUCGAUUUCUAUGAGAAGUAUCGGGCUCGGCCGUUUGCUUCUAGCUAUCUCGAGGAUAGACGUUUCUCCAUUCCCCCUCCUCCCCCUCUCUCUUCUUCCUCUCUCUCAAGGAUGCGGUUGGCUCCUUCCAGCCUUGACCCUUAUGACCGACGUGCUCUACCGCCACCGUCCUCUGCCACCGCGGCCUCGGCGUACUACUCGCGGGACCGUAGCCCGAUCCGAAGAGUCGGCGCCGGCUCUGAGGGCUACUCGUAUGAGCGCUCGCGUCUUUCCCCGGUUUCAAGGAGCAGCUCGUACAGCGUGUCGCGGGCCAGGGACACCCCCACUGACCGGGCUCGGUAUGAAAUCUAAGCCGCGCGCAAUGCCAAGGCGCUUUCAAACAGCAGGACUUUCUUUUAGCGGUCAUUCCCUCAACCUUCCUCUGGUGAACAGAAAUAUUUCCGGAGACACGAUUGGAUUUGAAGGAAGCAGGACUGAGAAGACAUAUGCAGCCCAUUAUCAUGUAGAGUCACGUUCAACUUCUGAAUGGUUAACUUUCAGACUUAUUUAGAGCUGUUAAGAUAGACUUUUCUGCAUUGCCCAGUGUGAAUACUAAAUUCUUAUUAUACAUUUUCUGUUCAAGUCUUUGUACGAAUGUUCCUUGCAUGUUUGCAUUUCAGUUUUUGCAGAUUUCUUCUACAAUAUUUUAAAGUUUUCCACAAAUACUGAGAAACAUUGUCGCUGUUUGCUUCUGACCUGAUUUGAUCUACCAUUUAGUUACUUUGUGUGCGUGCUUUGUUUGGGGGUGCUAAUACACCGCCAGUUUCAAGAUUUAUUUCAUUUAGCAAGCAUUGCAUGUCAUGUGAUGACGAUCUGUUUUAGUUCUUGAUAUCACUGUUUAAGUGAGGGGUUUCCCCAAGCUUAAUGGAGAAAAUGAAACCCAAAACAAACAUUCCUAUUACUUUCAUUCUGUGACACUGACUUGUCACUUACUUGAUGCUUGUUCGUCUCUCAUACUGCACACUUAAUUAGGGAGCUGGAACAGUGGCAAAUUGAGAUGUUCAAGUAACAUCAAGAUUCUGGAUGCUUUUUGUCCCUAUGUGGGAUUGAGGGUGAGUUAGAGUUUAUUAGAUUCAAAGUAAAGUACAUCAGUCAUGAAUUUGAAAGAUUAAAGAAAGGAUUAUUUUAUCUCUACAUGCACACAUGCUUUAAAGACAGUUUUUUUCCGUACAGACUAUUGGCAACAGGAUAUUUUGUAAGAGGCCAGGGCUAGAUUAUUUGAAAAACUGGUACUUGUGCAGAGUUUGCCUUGUGGCAGUGUAUGGUGAAAAGCUGAGGUAGGAUUGUACAUAAUAGUAAAGUAAGAUCGAGUAAAUAUAGAAAUGUGCUGACCAGCAAUCACUCGGGACUCCUGAGUGACUUCUGGUGAGAGUCAUUUCUGUAUGGGCGCCUUGGUAAGAUCUGUGAUGUUUAUAAAUUUGAUUUCCCUCAAGAAGUCGUGUUUUUUGUAUCUUCAUUUUUUUUUUUUUUAAAAUAAACCAAUACUUUAUGGUGGAAAAA